UUGGCCGAUACCCGGCAGCGCGUACCAAAGCGAACCUGGAGGGGUGUUCUUACAAUAUCGCAAUUAAAUUAUGUCGCUUUCACGAGUAGCAGCUUUACAGCUCUUAGUACAUGAAAGAAACAUUAAAUACUGUUUUGCUCCAGAACUUUUUGAAGGUUUCUGGUACUCAGAAAGUAAAGGCGAAUUUCCAUAACAUUCCAAUACCCCCAUUUCCCGAGGUGCAUUUGCCGGCUGGUCACGUGACCUCCUGUCCUUGGCCGGCGUGCGCUGUGUGAACAUCAUGUCUGCGCUUCUUGCUGGUGCUCGUCUUCUCCUGCGCCCGGGUCUGCGCGCUCUCCCGACCCCCUGUGUGAGACUCAGCCCCGCGCAAGGAAGAUACCUGAACAAUACACCGGGACAUUUUGCAGUUGCCGCUCAACAGAAGGGACACAUCCAUGAGGAACCAGUGUCUGCAGUUCGGGCCAGGCAAGCGCAACAGUUUGAUUGGGCGCUCAACAAAUUAGACAGCUCUGUUAGAAGAACCGGACGCAUCACAAAAACACUUCUGCUCAAAAUCUUCCAUGAUGUCUGCCGGACAGGUUACCCAAGCAGCAACCAGGCCUUGCUUUUGCUACGGAGUUGCGGCUCUUUGCUGCCAGAGCUCCAGAUGUCUGAAAGAACAGAAAUGGCUCACAGGAUCUGGGACAAGCUUCAGGAAUUGGGAGCUGUCUUUGAUGUGAGCCAUUACAAUGCUCUGCUAAAAGUCUACCUUCAAAAUGAACAGAAGUUUUCACCUACUGAAUAUCUUUCAAAAAUGGAGGCCGCCAACGUUCAGCCUAAUCGGGUUACUUAUCAGAGGCUCAUUGCUGCCUAUUGCAAUGAAGGUGAUAUAGAGGGAGCAAGCAAAAUAUUAGGUUUUAUGAAGAAUAAAGAUCUGCCUAUAACAGAAGCAGUGUUCAAUACUCUGGUGACUGGUCAUGCAAGAGCAGGUGACAUGGGGAAUGCAAAGAACAUCUUGUCCGUCAUGAGGAGCGCAGGGAUCGAGCCAGGGCCAGAGACUUACGUGGCUCUUUUAACCGCAUUUGCCGAGAAGGGGGAUAUUAACAAUAUCAAAGAGACCUUAGAAAACGUGGAAAAGAAUGAAGGAAGCCUCACAGACCGAGAUUUGAUGCAAGUCAUCUGGAGUCUGGCUAAGGCUGGAUACCCUCAGUAUGUUCAGGACAUCAUGGAGCGCAUGAGAUAUGACCGAGGAUACAUACCAGAUGCGAUGAACCUCUGUUUGAGUCUGAUGACACAAGGUUAUGAAGAUGUAGCUUUCCUAGUGUUGAAAUCCUUCUCGGCUGCCUCGUCAGAUUCGCAGAACGGCGAUUCUCUACAGCACGGGAACUUCUUCCUGCGUCACUGCGUCAGUUUGAAGCAGCCAGCAAGUAAGGUCAAGCAGUUCUGUGAUGGUUUGAAAGAAGCCAAUUUGCAUUCGGCACCUCUGCAGUUUGCUCUGUACUGUUCUCUGGAUGCCAAAAAAACAGAUUUAGCUCUAGAUCUCAUGAAGUUGCUAAAAGAAGAAGGAUUGCCUGUCAGGCCACACUACUGCUGGCCUCUGCUGAUCAGCUUCCAAAAAGAAAAAAAUUCAGAAGGUACCAUUAAAGUAAUUAAAGCGCUGUCUGAAAUGGGAGUGGAGCUAGACGUUGAGACCUACUCCAACUAUGUCCUGAGUGUGUUUAAUGAUGUACAGACGGCUCGUGCACAGCUGCAGGAGAAAGGCUGCCCAGUGGACUCCAGUUGGUUUAACUUGUCUGAGCUGAGACACGAAGCUGUUUCUGGAAACCUGGAGCAAGUGUACUCUCUCUUAUCCUCCGCAAGCUUUCCUUCUGUGGAUCUGGGGCAGUUUAGAGGCAGUCUCAUCACAGCAUUUAAAAGGUCAAAUAAUUUAGAACUCCAGGCUAAGAUAACGGAGCUGCUGUACAAAGACAGGAGAUACUGCCAGGCACCUUCCUCACCCAAUGAAGCUGUUGGCUAUUUUCUUUAUAACCUGAUUGACAGCAUGAGCGACACAGAAGUACAGGCCAAGGAGGAGCAUCUGAGACAAUACUUCCAUCAGCUGAAGAACGCGAACAUCGCAAUCUCCGCAAACAUAUACAGGGGGAUCCGUAACCUUCUGGACUCCAGUCAUGUUCCGGAACUGAUUAAGGAUGUUAUAGUGUUGGUCGAUUCGCAAGAAACAUUAUCCUCAUCAGAUAUUGUAAAGUCUGUGGAGUUAAAGGCUUCGUCUUUAGAAGAAGAGAUUGAGACCCUGAAAGCUGAGAACAAGCCUUUUGGGGAUGUGUUGAAGCAGCUUGUGAUGGUACUUUGCUCUGAAGAGAAUAUGCAAAAAGCCCUAGAAGUAAAGGCCAAAUAUGAACAAGAAAACUUGGCCAUUGGAACAUAUGCAGCUCUCAUUCAGCUCUGCUGCCGCCAUGAUAAUCCAGAUGAGGCGCUUAACCUUAAACAAGAGCUGGACCGUAAAGAUUCUUCUGCUGUUCUGGACACCAGCAAGUACAUGUCUCUCGUCAAGGUGUUCGCAAAGAACAGCCGGAUAGCAGAUGCCAUUAACGUUCUAAAGGAGAUGAAAGAGAAGGAUGUUCCUCUGAAAGAUACAACGAUCACAUCCUUCUUCCACGUCCUUAAUACCGCGGCCAUUAGAGGUGACGCUGAGACAGCGGAAAACAUACACGAGAGCAUCGUAACUCUGGGAUUGGCCAAACCAACGUCUAACCUUUGUUCGCCCCUGGUAACGGUCCACCUGGAGAAGGGAGACUUAGCAGCUGCCCUGGAAACACUAUUCGCCUGCAGCAAGAAGUACAAGUGCAUGCCCCGCUUGCAUGAUGUCCUCUGUGGAUUGGUGGAGAAAGGGGAUACUGAUCUGCUGCAGAAAGCAAUGGACCAUAUAAGUCAGGAGAGGGGGGAGAUGACCAUGCUCUAUGACCUGCUCUUUGCGUUUCUUCACACUGGAAAGUACAAAGAAGCCAGGAAGAUCAUCGAGACUCCAGGACUGAGAGCUCGUCCUGGCAGAUUGCAGUGGUUUGCUGAGAAAUGCAUUGCGGCAAAUCAGCUGGAACCUUUGGAAAACUUAGUAGACAUGACUCAGAAGCUCUUUGAGUGUGACAGAGACGACAUGUACUUCUAUGUCCUAAAACUUUGCAGGGAAAACGAUGACUGGAAGAAGGCUGAUGCUGUGUGGACUAAAAUUCAAGAAGAAAAUGUGAUACCACGAGAGAGAACGCUGAGGCUGCUGGCUGAUAUUUUCAGGAGAAGUGGACAAGAAGUCCCCUUUGAUGUGCCAGAGACUUGGUAUAAAGAUGCAGCUGAAUCAAAAGUCCCAGCAUCUCCCAGUUAUGUUGGUUCUCCAGAAUUAUCCUUCCAGAAGAGAGUUCUAGUUCUCAGUAAAAAGAACAAAUCCAAAGACGCCUACGAAUCAUUCCUGGAAGCUGAGAAUAGCGGCGUCACUAUGAGUGCAGCCACAUACUCCAGCCUAAUCCGGUCACUGCUGUCAGAAGGGAUGCUGGAAGAGGCCAAAAAAGUGUUAAAUAACGCCGAGAACCACAUCAAGGGCUUCACGCUGAACGAUGCUGCCAGCAGCCUCCUCAUCAUCACGCAAGUUAGGCGGGAUUAUUUGAAAGAUGCCAUGGCCUCUCUGAAAACGAUGCUCGAAGGUGACAAGGUGCCCACACAGCUGGCAGUCACCCGUCUGGUCCAGGCGCUGGCACUGAAAGGGGAUCUGGAAGGCAUCGAAGUCGUCGAGAACAUGAUGCGCAACAUUGGCUCCUCCAUCCGCCUGUCUCAAAUGCUUUUUGUCAACAAUAAAAUGUUGGCUUACCUGAAAAAGGGGAAGAUGGAGGAAGCCAUUGAGCUGAUCGAGUCCUUGUAUACAGGCGCAGAGUCCCAGGUCACCAGUAUUUCCUACGUGUUCAGGAAGACAAUGGAGGAAAAGAUGGAGUCGGCCCUGGAGAAACUCAGCGGCAUGGCAGAGAGACUGGCCAAUCAGUUUGCAGUAUACAGACCCGUUACUGACCUUUUCCUGCAGUACAUCUCAUCUGGGAGGAAGAACGACGCCCAUUUGCUCUUGCAGAGGUGCGGUUCUAUAGCCGAGCAAACCCCUAUCUUAGUAUCUUUUAUUUCAAGAUCUGCACAGGCGCCAGGCCAGGCGCAGCUGAUCAGUGAUCUGCUUGAACUGAUCCCUGAAUUCACGGAGAAGCAAACGGCCUAUUCGUACCUAAUGAAAUGUUACGCAACCGACAAAGACACGACGGCGGCCACUGCUCUGUACGAGAAAAUGAAGAGCGAAAGUCUGAGUCCGGACGAUCUUUUCCUGAAACGCCUGGCAGUCCUUCUGAGAGAAGCCGGGAUGCCGGUCCCUUUCAACGAGCCUCCUGAAAGCUUUAAAUACUAUGCAGACAAAUUAAAGAAGGACAAGUCAGACUCCAAUGAGGAUGAACAUUAGCGCUAGUUUUUUUUUCUAAUUUCUGUAACCGUUGCAAAUUAUUUUUGUCUUUUUUUUUUAUAUGUGUUUUGUUUCUGCCCGGGGGUGUUAUUAAAUCUGACCUGCAAGAGAUAUUUAAUGGGUGGGGAAUAAAGCAAAAAAAACAAA